AUGGUGGCAGAGUUACGAGAGCUAGAAGAUGAGUUUGGUGCGGAGGAUCAGGAGGAAGAGGAGGAGGAGGAGGAGGAGGAGGAUCGGGUGGACAUGGGCAUGGAUUCUAGCUGGAGUGUGCUGCUGGGGUUGCUGUCUCGGCCGGUUGUGGCUGCUGAUCCGUUUGCUGUUCUGCUCUCGCUCAUUCAGUCCAAACAACCCCGCCCAUCUGCUGCCACGACACAAGCUAUCCUUCUUGUCUCUUUCUGUGUGGCCGUCACACAAUCCCUUGCCGCCCUCCGCCCCUCCUCCAUCUCCUCCUCCACUUCCUCCUCCCGUGCUUCCUCUUCCUCCUCCCGUGCCUCUGUUCCGUUCCUGGGGAUGUUUCCCCGACCCAUGCCUAUUUCUGCCGCGGCUGCCGCCGCCGCUGCUGCCGCUGCUGCUUCCGAACCUGCGGGCGAGGAGUGGGCUGAGUGGGGUGUCCUGGCCUGCUGCUUGCCGUACCUCCGCCGAGCCUACAUUCUGAUUCACUACCUUGGCAUAAUGCCGCUCAGAGAGCCCCCGCUUGUGGAUCACCGCGUUAAAGCAAUUAAGAAUCUGAGCCCGCAAGUGCUGCUUGCUGAUUGGCUGCGCCGCUCCCUCGCCCUUCCCUCCGUGACCUCUGUGCUUCGCCUCAUGGCCUGCGCCAACAGUGAAGCAUCAUCCAGCCAGCCGUGGCACCUCAGCCGCAUGUUUGCAUCAUGGAACCUCCCAUUGGAACCACCCCGGCUGGUCAGAGCCCCCACCCAGCCAUCCUUCCACCCGUUGCCGGAGAUUUACCAGGACCUGCUGCUGUCCACGAUGAACAAGGCGUGCAGGAACUGCGGCGAGGAACCCCUUAACCCCGCUGUCUGCCUGUGCUGUGGCGAGCUGCUUUGCUACAACUCCUCCUGCUGCCGCCCAGACGGGCGCGGGGAGUGCUACAGACACGCGCUGAGAGAGAACGGGGGCACGGGUCUGUUCCUGGUGAUGCGGUCAACUCAGCUGGUGCUGAUACACGGCGUGCACAUAUGUGCCGGUCUCUCCAUCUACCUCGAUUCACAUGGAGAGGUGAGCAGGGAGGGCACUGCUGAGUCGACUCAGAAGUCCCAAGGUGAUGCAACCAUCACAGCUGGUGCUGAUACAUGGUGUGCACAUGUGUGCCGGUCUCUCCAUCUAUCUCGACUCGCAUGGAGAGGUGAGUUGGUUCCUGAGUUGACCCAGAAGAACACUGUUGGUGCUGGUACAUGGAGAGAAGAUCCGAAGAUCACGCGUCUCGUGCAGAAAUUGGAGGAGAAGUCCUCCACCAACCCAGCGUCGACACGUGGCCAUCCGCUGGUAGACCAGCGCGCAGCAGCAAAGGGUCGCGUAGACUUCGUUAAGGUGGAAGGUUGGGAGGCCGCAGGUUCGGCGGCGUCGGAAUUAGGUCCGGACGAAAUCGGCAAUCUCAAGGUGAAAAGCUUCACUCCCGGCACCACUUCUCAAGGCUACGAGGCUCAGGCCGAAGCUGACCAGCAGCCUCGGCAGCAACUGGCUGAAGGAGAUGCACCCGCGCCGCAUUUAGGCCUGUACGAGCGCCUGGUGAGGCACCUGCAGGUUCUCGAGUCGCAGGGGAAGCUCUCUGUUGCGCGGGCAAAAGGCGAGCCGCCGCUGCCGUCGUUCGAUCGGUGGAGGUUCGGAGCGAAGAGGUUCGGGCAAUACCUAGUCGAUCAGAUGCACGUGCACGAGGCUCUUGAUAAGGCCGUGCUACAAGCCCUUGGCGGGAAAAUCGGCGGGGAAUCCGGCGGAAAUAUCGGCGGGGAGUCUGGCGACAAUGGUGGAAAUGAUGCAUCAGGAGCCACGAGGGUUUUAAGCCUGGUGGGUCCGGCAGUGGGGCUGUCGCGAAGCGAGGCUUUGAGAAGCGAUAUCGCGGCUCUUUCUAAUGUGAGUGUCACCACGGGAGCAGCAGCAGCAGGGGGAGGAGGAGAUGCACCAGCAGCAGUAGCAGCAGCAGCAACAGUAGUACCUGCAUGUGCCACCACGGAGACGAUAGCUUACGUGCGACUGAUCGAGCAACUGGGCCAGAAGGCAUCAGCUUCAACCAGCGGUGCUGCCUCAGCGGCCAUUUCCCCUGCCGACGCUGCUCGCCUCAAGCUCUUUACCCACACCUUCACUCUCCUGGUCACGCACUUGACCAACGGCAUGCGGAUUGGAGCUAAGGCUGUGGAGUGCCUUCCGUCCCUGCGUGUCGCCAAGGCUGUGAGCUUUUUCCAGGAGUAUCCUGAGACUGUAGGGGAUCCUAUGAAGGCGUUUAGGGCUGCUGUGGAUGAGGCGGGGAAGGGGAUGAGCGAGGGGGAGGUGGAACUGGUGGAGGGCGAACUGGGCCCUGCCAUGGUGAAAGCUAGCCUGUUGUUGAAAGUGCUUGCUGUAGAGGAGAGGGAGGAGGUGGUAAGUGCACUGUAG